AUGGAAAGUAUAGUAGAAAGCAUUGCUAGCGAGAACAUCGUAACAAGGAAAAAUGCCCUCGAACAACUACUCAUAGAAUUUCGAAAAGAAAACAAUUCUUUAUUAGUCCCUAAUCCAUCUCGAUUUUUUACAGUUUUAAGAGAUCGAUUAGAAGACCAUGACUGAGAAAUCCUUUCACAGGUUCUCCAAUUGCUCCAAGACCUGAUCCCAGUAUUUUUUAUAUAGAAUUUCGGUCCAGACCUUGAAAGCAAUUUUAUUCUCUUUUAAUUAAUUUAUCAUAUCUUAAAAAAUUAUUUUUCUAAAAAAUUUUGACAUUAUAGACUAUUUUUUUUUUCUUAUUAUUUAUUAUAAAAUUGCUUAUUGUUUUAAUGCCAAAUCUUGUACAACUCCUUCAAGAUCAAAGGCCAGGAAUUGCAAAAAGUUCUUUAAAUGUAAUUAGUGCAUACGUCCGUACAACGCGAAAUAUGGAAACUGCCAUGAGCUAUAUCUUAAAAUACGGUCUUCAAAGUGAAGAAUGACGCCUAAAACACCAAACGUUACAAAUAGUAAUUCCUAUCAUAAAAUUAGACCUAAGCUAUACAGCUAAUAUCCCUGAAAUGAAAAAAAUAUUCGAAAGGGUCAUUGCUAUGAUAAAAGAUACAUCAGGGUUGGUAUCUCAAUCAGCCAAAGAGGUCGCUUUAGGGUUAAAAGAUCUAGCUUUUGAUUUUAAUGCGAUUUUUUCAAAAAUCACGCCUGGUUACCAACAAAUUUAUAAUGAAAGCUGUGAGGAAAUUAAAGGAAAUUCUCUGCUCAGAAAUAAUUUGCAGAAAGAAAUUUUUUCGCCUAUAAAAUCAUUUUUGGAAAAACCCUGGAGGGUUAUACGUAUUUUUUACUAAAAAUUAAAAAAAUUAAUUUAAAUAGAAAAUAUUGGAAAAGCCCGACAAAAGGACAAGUGCAUUUGCAUUCCAAAGCGCAUCUAUAGGGGCUAUAGCUAACGCAAUGUCCCAAGGCAACUCUUCAGAUUUGUUUAAAGAAUCCUCUAAAAAUGGGCUCGUUUUUGGGUUUAUUCCUCCAAACCUUAUGGUGCAGCUUGAAGAUAUAAGUAACUGACGAGCUCGAGUAAAUGCUAUAGAAGAGCUGGAAAAUCUUGUAGAAAGGAUGGAAAAUUACACUGAAGCCUACCCAUUUAUGGCUGUUUUUAUUAGAUUUUUAAAUAAACUUCUGGAUGAUACAAACUUUAAAGUUAUGCUGUCGACUUUGGCAAUUGUCUAUACAAUAGUGUCAAUUCCAGGAAUUUCUCAGCAAGCAAAUAUUUCUCAAAUUGUGCCUGGGUGUAUUAAAAAAUUGGGAGAUAAUAAAAUCGCUAUUAGGCAAGCUGCAUUUAAAGUAUUCCAAGCUCUUUUGCAAGAAAUGAAACCGAGAGUGCUGUUUCCUCAUUUAAUAGAAUCAUUGUCAAGUAAUAAUUGGCAUGUGCGUGAAGAAACGAUUAUUGUGAUGAUUGCAGCAAUCCUUUUAUACUUUAUUAGACUAAAUAAUUUAUAAUAAAUUCUUUUUAUUUAAUAAAAUAAUUAAGAAUAGCUAUAGCAUUCUACGGUUUUAGCCUCCUUUUGUCCUGAUGUAUCCUAAGAUAAUCGGGGGUUGAUUUUACCAGCUUAUGCUGGUGAAAUUAACCCUUAAAGUGGCAAAUCAUCAAGAUGGUGUAGAUAUGCCACUUUAAGGGUUGUUUCACCAGCAUAGCGAGUGAAACCAGCCCCCGAUUGUCUUUGAGAUAUCGGGACAAGAGGAGGCUAAAAGCGUGGAGAUGCUAUACUAAAUAUUUUUGGAUUGCUUUAAAUAUAGGAAUAGCUAAAGAAGACUAUGAAUUUAAUUUUUCCACUUUAAUUGGCCCUCUAGCCAAACUUCUUGAUGACCCCAAAACUAAAAUCCGCUUCGUCACAACUGAAGCUUUAGCACUUUUAGCCCAAAAGCUUGGUGUUGAUACUGUAAAUGACGAACUUGCCCCAAUUGUUGACAACGCGGCCCUUGAAUCUCUCCAAAAAAGGUUCCGUUGCAAAUUUCUGCCAAGCCUAAAAGACAACUAUGUAGAAUUCCCAAAAACCAUCCCUAGUUCUGCUCCAUUAAUAUCAAGCCCUUAUUUAACUACAACUGAUUUCAGCAGAACUACCGUUAUAGGCGGGAGUAUGGACCCAACCCCUAGAAAGGAAUCUCCAGACGUCACAAAUCCUAAUAUUUUUUCUUCAUCAGCCAACCAAUUAAAAUAUUCAAGACUUCGCAUGUCUUCUGAGUCUGGCGACGAAACUUUGCCAAGAAUUAAAAACGAAGCAAAUUUAUUAAGAAAAGGAUUUAUUUUAGAGAAAAAAAAAGCCGUGAAUUUAAGGACUGAGUUUGAUAAACCACCUACUGGGCCUAUAAAAUUGAAUUAUGCAAGCAGAUAUAUAGCAAAAGAGUCACCAAUAAAAGCAAUGGGGCCGCUGCAUAGAAGAGGGAUUUCUGAAGAAAAUGAAAAUUCUUUUGAAGGCACACAGUCGUCGCCGACACUCAUAACAAAAUUAAAUAGUGCAGAUUUUGGGUAUAAAAAAUAUUUUUAAAAAAAAUAAUUAAAUUUUUUAUAGAAAAAUUUUUAUUUUUUUUUAGAUUUAACAGGCCAAAAAACUGAAUCUUUAAUUAACCAAAAAGCCUACCCAAGUGCAGAAAACUUUUCCAGUACUAUAAAAAGUGAGUUUUCUAAUAGUGAUGUAAUAUAUUUAAAACCAAACGAAUUAGAACCACUAGAUGACCCAGAAGAUGCCUUAAAAAGAUGUGUAUUGAGUGGGAGGUCUGAUGAUUGGAAUGAAUGCUUUGAGACCAUUAAUGUAUUAAGAAGACUAUUAAAACACCAUCCAGGAGUAUUUUUAAGCCAAGUUACCUUACACAAUCUGUUUCUUGAUGUCGUAAAGUGGGCUGAAUCUUUAAGAUCAGCGCUAUGCAAAAAUGCUAUUAUCGUACUAGGAGAAAUGGCCGAGCAUAUUGGAAGAAAUUUAGAUGGAGAAAUUCCAGAUUUCGUAAAAAUUAUUAUGAAAAAAGUUGUUGAUACAAGCAGCUUUAUUCAAGAGCAGACUGAUCAAACAUUAGUUUCUAUGUGUAUGAAUUUGAAUGAAAAUAAGCUUGCCUCUGCUUUACUUAAUAAUACUCAGUCUGCUAGAAAUUCUUUACUUCCCCUCUCCAUGGGCGAACCAAAAAAUUUUUCUUGCUUACAAAGGAUUUAAUUUUUAAAAUAAUUAUAUAUAAAUUUUAUAGUAAUUUUUUUUAAAAUUUUAAUUAGGAAUUGAAAAUAAAAAUUAUUUGUAAAAGUUAUUGUUUUAAAAUCACUGAUAUAUUAAUUACUUUUUUCAUAUAUUAAUAUAUUAAAUGAUUUUUGUGCAAUCAAGGAGGGUGGAUUUUUGCCUAAACAAUAGGAUUUUUCCAUUAUUUUUGCUCGCUCAUGAACGAGUGGAGUUAGUAAAAGCAAAAACAGCGUUUUGUUUUGGAAAAAUUUUUGAAAGGCUGCGAGCUUCUAUUAUAAGACUGCGAGAAGUAGAAAAAAUAAUCCAAUUAUUAGGGACUUAUAUUUCUGAUGCAUCUCCAGAAGUAAGAGCUUCAGCAAGAGAAGCUUUAAACAUUCUCAGCAGCAUAAUCCCAAGUGCGCAAGAGCAUGACCGCUUACUAGCUAACUCUUUGACAGACAAUACAUAUAGAAAAGUCAAAGAAAACACCAAGCAAAAAGAAAAAAUAAUCCCAUUAAAAAAAAAGCACAUGAAGUCUGAAAUAAAAAUGCCUCUUAACCAGACAGACAAUUUCCGCAUGACAAGUCCUAGGAAGCAAGAACUUGAAACAGAUCCUAAUACAAAUCCUGAAGAAAAUGAUAUAAUUGUGAAAAUGCUGGACGAGAUGAAUGAUAAUGAAUGGAAAAUGAGGCAUGAAACUGUCGGAAAACUUGGAGAAAUGGUGGCUGAAAAUCCUAAUAGUUUUAUAUUAAAUUCUUAUGAAUAAUAUUUUAUUCAUUACCAAUUUCUUAUUAUUGGUAAAAAUUAAUUUUUAAAUUUCACAUAAAAUUGGUAUAAAAAGUCCCAAAAAAUGAUACCACUAAUCAGCAUUUUAGCAAAAGGGCUAAGCGACCCAAAUUUAAAGGUAAAUAUCCAUGCUUUAGGCGUCAUGAUAAAAAUAAUCCCACCAUUAAACCACACUUUAGAGCCUCAUUUAGGAAUGGUAAUUGGUUCUUUACUACCAAGCCUAGGCUCUGCUAACAGCUCUAUCAGAGAAAUUGCUAAAGAAGUGGUUUCGACGCUUCUUAAAUACGCAGACCAUCAUACAUUAUUGCUUCCUUUUAUUGCAGCAAUACCUAAUGCAAAUAAUAGAUCAAAAUCAUCAUUAUUGAAUUUUAUUAUAGAGACAAUUCCAAAAGUAAGCGAAAGACGGCCUCAGCUCAUACAAAAACAUGUGGUUCCUUUAAUGUUUCGCUGCAUGGACGAGCCUAAAGCUGAUGUAAGAGAAGAAACAAACAGACUGGUAAAAAAAGUUUACGAUUUGCUUGGAUCAGCACUACUUGAAAGUGCUCCGUCUAGUAAGCUGCAGCGAAUUAUGGAUAUUCUAAAUGAAGGAAUGUAG